UACAGACACGGAGCCAAGCCUCGGCACAUCACAGAGCAGCGCCAUCCUACAGCGCAGAGCGCCCGCGCACACACACCGAGAGCCACACGGGGAGACGCGGCUCCGGCGCACACACACCGAGCACACUGCGCGCUGCGAGCACGGGAGAGCCGGCUGUCUUCGCGGCGGACUGAGCCACCCCGUCAAAAUCAUGCUGGAUUGACUGCAGAGGGGCUGCGAGAAUCAAUGGCUGAGCUUUGAAAUCGUUUGAAAUUUAUCUGUCGGAGGAGAGGGGGAGAGAGAGAGAGGAGAGAGAGAGGAGGAGAGAGAGGGAGGGAGGUGGAAAAAAAAAAGAUUCUUUCAGCUAUGGAACUUACAAUGGAAAACAUUGGGAACCUGCACGGCGUGUCUCACUCUCAGACAGGCGACUUGAUGAGCGCUCCGCACGGGCGGCAGUCUUCGGCGGCGCACCGGAACCUGGUGUCGCACGGCCGGCCGGCGAUGGUGUCCAGCAUGGCCUCCAUCCUGGAGGGGGCCGGGGACUACCGGACGGACCACGCGCUGUCCGGCCCCCUGCACCCGGCCAUGACGAUGUCGUGCGACUCCCCCUCCGGCAUGAGCCUGAGCAGCACCUACACCACCCUGACCCCGCUGCAGCACCUGCCCCCGAUCUCCACGGUCUCGGACAAGUUCCACCCGCACGCGCACCCGCACCACCACCCCGCCCACCAGCGCCUGGCCGCCGGCAACGUGAGCGGCAGCUUCACCCUCAUGCGCGACGACCGCAGCCUGGCCUCCAUGGGCAACCUGUACGGCCACUACCCGAAGGACAUGUCCGGCAUGGGCCAGCCGCUGUCCCCCCUGUCCAACGGCCUGGGCUCCCUGCACGGCUCGCAGCAGAGCCUGCCCGCCUACCCGGGCGCGCACCUGCCCAGCGAGAAGAUGCUGUCGCCGGGCGGCUUCGAGUCGCACGCCGCCCUGCUGUCCCGCAGCGAGGAGCACCUGGCCCGGGGGCUGGGGGGGCCCGGCGCCGGGAUGAUGCCGGGGCUCAACGGCAUGCACCCCCACGCCCACCCGCACUCGCAGGCCAACGGCUCGCUGCUGUCCGAGCGGGACAGGCAGGCGGCGGGGGCCGGCCAGGGCGCCGGGGGCGGCCAGGUGGAGGAGAUCAACACGAAGGAGGUGGCGCAGCGGAUCACGGCGGAGCUGAAGCGCUACAGCAUCCCUCAGGCCAUCUUCGCACAGAGGAUCUUGUGCCGCUCGCAGGGCACCCUGUCGGACCUACUGCGGAACCCCAAGCCCUGGAGUAAACUCAAGUCGGGCCGGGAGACCUUCCGCAGGAUGUGGAAGUGGCUUCAGGAGCCGGAGUUUCAGAGGAUGUCGGCGCUGAGGCUGGCCGCCUGCAAGCGCAAGGAGCAGGAGCAGCACAAGGACCGCAGCAUGGCGCCCAAGAAGCAGCGGCUGGUGUUCACCGACCUGCAGCGCCGCACGCUGAUCGCCAUCUUCAAGGAGAACAAGCGCCCCUCCAAGGAGAUGCAGAUCACCAUUUCGCAGCAGCUGGGGCUGGAGCUCAACACCGUCAGCAACUUCUUCAUGAACGCCCGGCGCCGCUGCGUGGACCGCUGGCACGACGAGCACGGCGCCAGCCCUGGCCAGCCGGGGACCUCCGCCACCACCUUCUCCAAGGCCUGAGUCGCCGACACAGACACAGAGAGCGCCGAGCCGGUCUCACUUUGUCUGCCUGUCCAUCCGACCGCUCCCCACCCCAUCUCACCUCUGCCCACUGGCCGAUGUAGUUUGGUCCUCCGUCCACGUGGGGGCGAUCUAAUUUCCUUAUUUUCUUGCUAUUUGUUUCUAGCUCAAGACUUCCCUUUUAAUCACUGCUGGCUCUUCAGGACACAAUCUGCUGACCUCUCCAGCCUGUCUGGCUUUUGCAGAUGCCUUUGGUAAAGUUCAUCACUGUAGAGUGAAGCCAGAGAGGGUCUCCAUCACAUUUCAUUGGUUAUAAAGGAAGAACAUUAAAGAAAGGGGAUAAAUCUCGCAGCACACAGCCUUAUCACUUGAAUUUCCUCUUUGAAGAGCACAGGCACCUGAAGAUCAGCAGCAAACAUCCAAUACGCCUCACUCUUCCCCCCCUCCGUGAGCUCUCUCACUGCAGGAUGAAAGUACUCUGAAGGUAAGGCUUUGAAAAAAAAAGUAUGAAUUACAGGUGUCAACUUUCUUUUUUACAAAUAGACCUUUUUUAAUUGCAUCACCCAACGUGACACACCAAUUACCGAGCAGAAGAAGGAAAUUCCAUGGCCCCUCCUUCCUUAAAAAAAACCAGACCUGGGACCCAGAGGACAAAAAGCAAGCAGGCUCCCAGUUUUGCACAGAUUUCCAAGCCUUGUGAAGACCGGGUUCCUCUGGGACCGGAUUGAGUCACAGCUGCUUUCCUCCAUUUGGACCACUAAGGGGAGACGUUCUUCCCAAAGGUCCUGUCCGCCUAUAGCUCGUGUGGUCUCUCUCUCUUGGAGCUCUAAAGUAUAUAGGAUGGGCUCAGUACAGGAGCUCUUUUUAUGCUAAAAAGAGAAAGAAAACAGAAAAUGAAAGAAAGUCUGGCUGAACAUGAAAGAAAACGUCACACACUGGCGCCACCUGCUGGCCCGAUGGAGGACGGCAGCCAGCACCCCCCCUGCACGCACUGACAAAGUGAAGCCUGACAGACGCCGCCCAGGUGAUCCAGAAACUGCAGCCACUCCAAAAGGGCGAAUAGAAUUCCUGAAAAAAAAACGGCAGGAAAACCUGGGAGGCUCUUCCGGCUGUCUGCUGGGGGCUGGUGAGGUCAGACGGGACGUGAAGCCACAGCCCAGAAUCAGCACUCGCCAUCCUCCCAGACUGCCCUGCUGCUCCGCCAGGAAGCGGAUCGGAGAGGGUCGUCCGUGAUUCCGGUCCUGGCUGGGCUGAUCCCCGGACCCAGUAUCCCUGUCAGGAGUCACGGACCCGGACACCUACACCCGCGGUCGGCCCUGGGGUUGUUGUCGUCUGAAAUGGGUGGAUGGGCAGUGCUGGAUUUUCUGAUGGAUUGAAAUGAAAACUUUUACAAGCCUCAUCUCUCUGUUACCAAAGAAAAAAGAAGAAAGCAUCAAGAACCAAACAAAGAUUUAAGAGGAAACGUCGAGGGGAGGAAACACAAAAGUGGAAAUGGAGCAAAGACUUUAAGCCUCCGCUGAGACAGGGGGCGCUGCGCUCAGCGGCCACACUCUGAGAAAAUAUUACAAUAUAGUGCCAAUGACAACUGCCUUAAUGAUAAUCAGUGAAGAGGGUACUGCUUUCACUCAGCUACAGCGCUCCCUAGAGGGCGACCUGUGCCAUAACAACCACAAUCGAUUUUUUGAUUCAUGCAAGACGUCUUUAUUUUUAAAAAAAGGGGAAAAAAAAUCAAACGAAAAAAACAUUUUAAAUCAAAACCUCAAGAGGACAACAGCAACAAAAGACUGGCGAUUUUAAGAAAACUAAAGCUCUUUCUUUCUCUCUCUUUCUCUUUCAUCUCUUCCAAUCUCCUUUGUCUGUCUCUCUCUUUCUUCUAUCUACAUACUGAUGCGGGUAAAUAGUACCAUAGACACAGAGUUUCUGUUUCUUGUUACUUCUUUUGUGCUCUGUUGUGCAGAAACUAUGCGUGAGGCACCUUGUUGACUAAACCAAAAAAAAAAAGAACAGACUUGAUAAAAGGAAAAGGGAUGUAAACCGAAGAGGGACUUCGAACUUUUUGCAUUAUUUGUGAAUACUCGUAUGGUUGACCAGAGGCAAUUAUUGAUUUCAAAAUGGGGUGAGAAAAAGACACACACAAAAAACUGACAGAUGGAAAUAAAACCACAGAGGCAGGAGCAGGAACACGGCAUGUUGGGAAUGACCUCUGGCCUUUCACCUGGAGCCUGAACCCAUCCCAGCAUCCUCUGUGCUAUGCUCCAGGGUGAUGUCUUGUGUCGAAGGUGUAAAAAUCUCCAUUCUUCAUUUACCCUCGUUAGUGUUUAGGGUGGGGGGAGGGGGGUGGGAU